CUUCUCAGUGGCAACAUAUCUCAAGGAUACUCCAGAGAGCCCAUGAGGGUGACCGAAAGGAACUUCUCUUCCUCCUGACCUUAUAACUGCUCGGCUCCACCACAAGCCUGCCUUUUACCUCAUGGUGCUUCCGUGUUGGUACGGUCCGUAGAGUACGGAGCGUGCCGAGGGUCCCACGCUGGAGGAGACAAGAGGAGGAGUCAGAAGAGACACUAGAAGUCACCCCAAGCAGCCGUCCCCUGUCCUGCUUCUGACAAGUGGGAAAAGCAGAGACUCGUUCGGGAUGUUUGACGGCUAUGAUAGCUGCAGUGAGGACACAAGCAGCAGCUCCAGCUCUGAGGAAAGUGAAGAAGAGGUUGCUCCUUUACCUUCCAGUCUCCCGAUUAUCAAAAACAAUGGGCAAGUGUAUACAUACCCAGAUGGUAAAUCUGGCAUGGCCACCUGUGAGAUGUGUGGAAUGGUUGGUGUACGAGAUGCUUUUUACUCUAAAACAAAACGUUUCUGCAGUGUUUCCUGUUCAAGAAGUUACUCGUCAAACUCCAAGAAGGCAAGCAUUUUGGCCAGACUUCAGGUAACGGGUAAGCCUCCAACAAAGAAAGCUAAAGUUCUUCAGAAACAACCUUUAGUUGCUAAACUAGCUGCUUAUGCUCAGUAUCAAGCUACCUUGCAAAAUCAAGCAAAGACAAAAGCAGCAGUCUCUAUGGAAGGUUUCAGCUGGGGAAACUACAUCAAUAGCAAUAGCUUUAUAGCAGCUCCAGUUACCUGUUUUAAACAUGCGCCUAUGGGGACCUGCUGGGGUGAUAUCUCAGAAAAUGUGAGAGUAGAAGUUCCCAAUACAGACUGCAGCCUACCUACCAAAGUCUUCUGGAUUGCUGGAAUUAUAAAAUUAGCAGGUUACAAUGCCCUCUUAAGAUAUGAAGGAUUUGAAAAUGACUCUGCUCUGGACUUCUGGUGCAAUAUAUGUGGUUCUGAUAUCCAUCCAGUUGGUUGGUGUGCAGCCAGUGGAAAACCUCUUGUUCCUCCUAGAACUAUUCAACAUAAAUAUACAAACUGGAAAGCAUUUCUAGUAAAAAGACUCACUGGUGCCAAAACCCUUCCUCCUGAUUUCUCACAAAAGGUUUCAGAGAGUAUGCAGUACCCUUUCAAACCGUGCAUGAGAGUAGAAGUGGUCGACAAGAGGCAUUUAUGUCGAACACGAGUGGCAGUGGUGGAAAGCGUAAUUGGAGGAAGAUUAAGGUUAGUCUACGAAGAGAGUGAAGAUAGGACAGAUGACUUCUGGUGCCACAUGCACAGUCCCUUAAUCCACCACAUCGGGUGGUCUCGAAGCAUAGGCCAUCGAUUCAAAAGAUCUGAUAUUACAAAGAAACAGGAUGGACAUUUUGAUACACCACCACAUUUAUUUGCUAAGGUAAAAGAAGUAGACCAGAGUGGAGAAUGGUUCAAGGAAGGAAUGAAAUUAGAAGCUAUAGACCCAUUAAAUCUUUCUACAAUAUGUGUUGCAACCAUUAGAAAGGUGCUGGCUGAUGGAUUCCUGAUGAUUGGAAUCGAUGGCUCAGAAGCAGCAGACGGAUCUGAUUGGUUCUGUUAUCAUGCAACCUCUCCUUCUAUUUUCCCUGUUGGUUUCUGUGAAAUUAACAUGAUUGAACUUACUCCACCUAGAGGUUACACAAAACUUCCUUUUAAAUGGUUUGACUACCUCAGGGAAACUGGCUCCAUUGCAGCACCAGUAAAACUAUUUAAUAAGGAUGUUCCAAAUCAUGGAUUUCGUGUAGGAAUGAAAUUAGAAGCGGUAGAUCUUAUGGAGCCACGCUUAAUAUGUGUAGCCACAGUUACUCGAAUUAUUCAUCGACUCUUGAGGAUACAUUUUGAUGGAUGGGAAGAAGAAUAUGAUCAGUGGGUAGACUGUGAGUCCCCUGACCUCUAUCCUGUAGGGUGGUGUCAAUUAACUGGAUAUCAACUACAGCCUCCAGCAUCACAGUCAUCAAGAGAAAACCAAUCAGCUUCAUCAAAACAGAAGAAAAAGGCUAAGUCCCAGCAAUACAAAGGACACAAGAAAAAGAGGAAGAUGCCAGUUGGGAAGAAGCCUGUCAGUUUGUCGAGCCUGCCAAUGACAGGCGGGGUGCGGAGGAGCUUCUCUGGGGACGAAGAGUUGACUCCUCCUCCAUAUCGAACCCUGCCAGCACAGACAGCCCCGGAGGCCUUCCCACCUCCCAGCACUAGCCGAGAGUUCAGGCCCAGCCUCAAAACAGUGACACCAUUGCAACUAAAGGAGGAGCUGCUAGAUGGAGAAGAUUAUACCUUCCUCCAAGGAGCAUCCGAUCAGGAAAGCAAUGGUUCUGCCAACUUCUACAUCAAACAAGAGCCAUGAGGUCGCUCAGAAACUACGGGCGGGAGGGGAAGAAUUUUACACAUGACUGAUUUAUAAUCCAUCCAGCUGUACAGUGGGCUAGAUACUCUACUGGGACAUUUUGCUAAACACAGAAAAUUUCAGUUCCAGAUUUUUCAGGUGGGUGGGGAAACUAUUUUGGUGGGGGAAUUUUUCAAUUUAUAAAGAUGGACGAUUUUUGUGUUGUAUUUGAAGCUUUUGAAAGAAUUUUGUAAUAUUUUCCAACUUUGGAUUUAUGUGCAUUGUUAACAAGAACUGAAAUUCUAACUUUUUUGGUAAGAUUAAAGCUUAGGUAGCAGGAUUGAAGGAAAUAAUUUAAGAAGGAUAUAGCUGUAAAUGCAAAAGAACUGUCAUUACAAAUGAACCUUCUUGGUACCUUUUGGGAGAUUUUGGGAUUUUAGAAGCCAGGCCAGUCACAUCUCCAGCUUCCUUUGCUGCGGAAAUAUGCAACUGAACCCCGCACGGAGGGCUCAUCGCCAUGUAGAUCACGGAGGGGGUCACUAAUGUACUUGCUGGCACUUUGUUGCAGCCCAUUUAAAUGUUUGUACAGAGAUGUUUUCAUUCUGUGAAAAUUUAUUUGGAGUUCUACAUGAAAGUGGAAGAACUCUGGAUAGUUUUAUAUGUUCUCUUUUAGUACAAAAUGAUUAAAAUUAUCCUAACACUAAAGUGUUAAACUGGAAUGGUUGACAAAGGUAUAUAAGAUCUCAGUCUACAUGACACAGAGUGGGGAAAAUGCAAUAUCAUCCUAGUUUUAUUGUUUUUCUCCCCACACACACAAAAAACAACUACAAAAGGGAUUCUGCUCCAUCUGUGAGAUCUCAACUUGUUAUAAUAACCACACCUCAAAACAGAUGUUCUGUAUUACCAAGAGAAUUAGAUUAAAGAUUGCACAAAACCAAAAUAAGUUUAGAUUUCAGAAUCAUUCCAGCUCCACUUUUAAUUGUCCUGGAUUUCUUAGAAAAGUGGUUUAA